AUGUCUCCCCUCGAGAAGAAGAGCGAGCACCUCACCGAGGUUUACCCGGGCGAGAAGAAUGUCGAGGAGCCCAUCAACCCCAUCCUUGAGGAGAUCAAGGCCAUGACUCCGGACGAGUACGCCGCCUUCGACAAGAGGCUCAUGCGCAAGAUCGACAUGCGCAUCAUCCCCUGGAUGACUGUCCUCUACCUCAUGUCGUUCCUCGACCGUGUCAACGUUGGUACCGCCAAGCUCCACGGUCUGCAGCAGGACCUGAACCUGACCGGUAACGAGUUCAACAUUGCGUCACUCAUCUUCUUCGUCUCUUAUGUGUUUUUCGAGGUGCCCUCGAACCUGGUCCUCAAGCGCCUGCGCCCUUCGGUCUUCCUUCCUGCCACCAUGGUCCUCUGGGCCAUCUUCCAGACGCUCAUGGGUCUCGUGACGAACUACGGCCAGCUCCUGGCCAUGCGUUUCUGUCUCGGCAUGUUCGAGGCCGGUCUCUUCCCGGGUGUCAACUUCUACCUGAACGGCUGGUACCGCCGCAGUGAGCUGUCGAAGCGUACCGCGUUCUUCUUCGGUGGUGCCGUCAUGGCCGGCGCCUUUGGUGGUAUCUUCGGCUACGCGCUCGGAGAGAUGGGCGGUAUCGGCAAGCUUCACGGCGGACCCAUGCUCGGCUGGCGUUGGAUCUUCAUCAUCGAGGGCCUGUUGACGUUCGUUAUUGCCGUGGCGUCAUUCUGGAUGGUGCACGACUGGCCCGACCGCGCCAAGUUCCUUACCGAGUUUGAGCGCGAGUUCGUCCACUACCGUCUUGCCAACGACACCGGUAUCGCCGGCGGUGGCCAGUUCAAGAUGAAGGAGGUCAUCCGCGGUAUCUUUGACUGGAAGACGAUCCUCUACAUGCUCUGCUACAUCGGAUGUGCCGAGUGCAUCUACUCGCAGUCGCUCUUCGUCCCUUCCAUCGUCCAGCAGCUCGGCAAGUGGACCACUGCUCAGUCGCUCCUGCUCUCCGUCCCUCCCUACGCCGUCGCCUUCAUCACGACCAUGGCCACCGCCUACCUCUCGGACAAGUUCAUGAAGCGCGGUGUCUUCAACAUGUUCUGGUCCACGCUCGGUGUCGUCGGCUACCUGAUCCUGAUGACUGUGCCGCUCAAGCAGGUCGGCGCGCGCUACUUCGCCGUCUUCCUGACGACCAUGGCCAUCGCCCCGCUCAUCUCGAACACGAUCACCUGGUGCGGUAACAACAUCUACGGCCACUACAAGAAGGCGACUGCCAUGGGUCUCGUCUUCUCCUGCGGUAACUCGGGUGGUAUCGUUGCCUCGCUCGUCUACCGCGACCAGGACAAGCCCCGCUACAUGCCCGGCCACGCCACUGCGCUCGCCUUCGUCGCCAUGAACGGCAUCACGUCCGUCAUCAUCUACUUCGGCCUCAAGGCUGCCAACAAGAAGCGCGAGCGCGAGUACGGCCUCGUCGAGGACAACGAGAAGCACAACAUCGACGACCCCGAGUAUCUCAACCGCUGGGGCCUCACGGGCAUGGAGCGCAAUGACAUUCUCAACCUCGGCGACGACCACCCCGCCUUCCGCUACAUUCUCUGA